AUGAAUCCAAAAUCACUAGCAAUUAGAGUCCUCUUCCUCCUCCUCUCCUCGAUCUCCUUAGCUAAUUCUGAUGCUUCACGGAUAUGCCAAUGCCACAAAAUAUGCCGUAGUUUAGAGGGCGACGCACAAAACAGGGAGCUUUGCGAGCGCAGGUGCUUUAGUUUGUGUAGGGGGAGUGGAGGGGAGAGGGAGAGAUCACCAAACGCAAGGGACGAAGAUCACCAUGCAUAUAACCCUUACUAUUUCGACGAGCGGAGCUACGAGCGCUGGGCGGAGACGCAGCACGGCCGCUUCAGGGUGCUGCAGCGGUUCGCGGAGAGGUCGGAGCUGCUGCGGGGGAUCGCGGAGUAUCGCGUCGCCGUGCUCGAGGCGGCGCCGCGGGCGUUCCUCGUGCCGAGCCACUGGGACGCAGACGAAGUGUUCUACGUGAUGGGAGGGGAGGGAACUAUAACACUAUUAUCGGAGAAGAACAAAGAGUCGUAUGAUAUCAAGGAAGGAGAUACAAUGGUGGUUCCUUCUGGUAUGAUAGUGUAUUUGAUCAAUAAACAUCGUAACGAGAAGCUCCGGAUCGCGAUGCUCCUUCGUCCGAUCUCCAUUCCGGGGCGCUUCGAGGAGUUCUUUGGAGCAGGCGGAAGGAAACCGGAGACAUUCUACACAAGCUUUAGUGAUGAAGUUCUUGAAGCAGCGUUCAAUACCCCGCGAGAUAGAUUGGAGAGACUCUUUGGGCAACAAAGUAAAGGAGAGAUCAUAAGAGCAUCCGAAGAACAAAUCGAGGCAUUAAGCAAAUCAAGCCGAGGCGGCGGCGGCGGCGGCGGAGAACGGCCUUUCGAGCAAUCGAGAAAGCCGUUCAAUGUCUUGAACAAGCGACCGUCCUACGCGAACAACCAUGGCCAACUCUAUGAAGUAAAUGCUAACGACUACCGACAAUUCCAAGACCCCAAUGUGGAUGUAUCCAUCGCUAAUAUAAGCCAAGGAUCAAUGAUGGCACCAAACUACAACUCAAGGGCAAUCAAGAUUGCAUUUGUUGUGCAAGGGAGCGGAUACAUGGAAAUGGCGUGUCCUCACAUCUCGAAGCAAAAAGGAUCGAGAAGACGAGGAGGCGGCGAAAGCGAAGAAGAGCGGGAGAAGGAAGGCGAAGAAGAACAAGAAGAAGGCCCGCGGUAUCAGCUCGUUAAGUCAGAGGUCUGCCGCGGAUCGGUCUUCGUGAUCCCUCCCGGCCACCCGGUAGUCGCUGUCGCCUCCCCGAAUGAGAACCUCCAGGUUCUCUGCUUUGGCAUCAGGGCAGAGAACAAUGAGAAGUUCUUCCUUGCAGGGAGAAAUAAUAUACUAAAGAAGAUGGAGAAGGAGGCUAAGGAGCUCGCAUUCGACGUGGCAGCGAGAGAAGUGGACGAGGUCUUCAACGCGCAGCAAGAGUCGGCCUUUUUCCCUGGACCGAACCAACGUGGCGGCGGCGGCGGUCGCGGUCGCGGCUCAACCAGUUUCUGA